AACAACAACAACAAAAAACAAAACAAAGUUAGUUGAGCAAAAUAAUUGUUUCGCAUGAUGCCAAAGUAAACAUCUGAAAGCCUACUUGAGAGUGUUUAUAAUGUAGAACUCAUCUCUACAAGUGUAUGCCUUAUAACAUACGAUUGUGGCAAUAUUGAGAGCAGCUCUCUGAUCUUCCGAUGGUCAGGUGUAAUUCUAACGGACUGCAAUGUAUAAAAGACAAAAGUAUGCAGGCAUACAUUGCUAACUAUUGACGUUGAAGCCUCAAGGGUGCGGACAGAGAGAUUAAAUAAUUGAUUAAAAGUUCGGCCAUUAACAUAUAUCUGACGAGGAAAUAUUUAAAUUGAUUUAAAAGACACUAAACCAAUACCUUCAAGAAAAAAGAAAUACUGUCUGUGAUUCGUGACUUUAAAAAAAGAAGACAACUUUAUUUUGAAUGAGAGAUGUUAGUCAAUGGAACUCCCGCAGUCGGGUGGGUCGGAUUACAAUUCACAAGAAAAGUGCCAAAAAUAGGGGCUUUAUUUAUUUGUGCAAUUUACGACAUUCUCCACUUUCCGUAUCAAAACUAGACCAGAAUUCGCAGGAUCUGCGCAUCCAUUGAAGACCUGGUUGAAAAAUAGAUUCGCAGGAUCUACGUCAUCUGAAGACAUUGCCGAAACAUUCGGAAGGUCUGCAAUUCUACCGGUGCUUAAUAGUGAAGGCCGAGUUGAAACAUAGAAUUUGAAGGAUUUACUCAGAUCUGUUGAAGGACGUGAGCGUUGUUACAGCCGGAAACAGUUCGACAUGCAGAAGGAUAUGGCUCUCGCCAGUUCUUCUUAUGCUAGAGUGGCGGGAAUCCAGAGCGAGGUCAACAAGGUCACAGUGACACGUGUGGCCGGAAGUGAGGUAAAAAACCAACGACAGAUGAACUUACACCGAAAGGACAUGGAGAUUGUGGUCAGAAAUAUCUGCAAAGAACAGAAAAGGCUUAGGAAAGCCAUGGUAAAAUACUCCAGGAAACUGCACAAGAGCAGGCGUGAUCGUGCGCGAAGAGAACUAGACGAGAUGACAAGGGAUAAAAACAGCUUAGACAACAUGAAAAAGGUAACGGAUACCCUUAACAUGCCAGACGCACAAGUUCUCUCAAUCUUUAGAGAAGAUAAUCCCAACCCCGAUGACUUAAUUCCCGAAAACGAAACAAAACAGAACACUGAAGAAAGUUUGCAAGAAGAAAAUGCAGAAGGGAAAUCAGAAGAAACACUGGGUGAUGAGACGUCAGUGAAAGCGCGGGAAGGAAGUGACGUCACACUUCCUCCCAUCAAUGUCACUUUACCGACAGUAGCAGAGGAUGAUGGCUUCACCGAUGACAGCAACAAAAAAGAUGAUACCACUAGGGAAGACGUAGCCCCGCCGGAGAUUGUACUGAACUCCGAGCUAGAAACGAAACUCCGUAAACAUCUAGGGACACUGAAACCAAAGAGGCAAGGUGUGUCCUACUCAGAUAUCAUAAAAUUACAGCAUUCAUCAAGUCCUAAGAAACUGUUUAGUCUGGUGAAUAUAUUGGCUCAGAAGCAUGGGGUGAAAGACAAAAUAUCAGAGCAACAAACUACAAGCUUAAUCAGAGGUCGAGCCGACCAAUCUGUGUCGCCGAAGACAAGUUCUGGUCUCUAUGCAAUAAAGUAUGGCUACACUGUCGGCAGUAGACUAGAGCCCUCAAGUAGCCCGUUGAAAGUGGACAGAUAUUCAUUAACAGAUGGCUCUUUAGAAAUGUCUCAAAGUCGUCAAGAUACACAAGACGCUCUAAGUUCACAGAGGACACCGGAGACAUCGAAAAGGGACCCGGCUCUAAUGAAAUCUCCAAGGUCAUUCUUUCUGCCACCAAUUCAAAAGCACCCGCUGGAGGAGAGUUUUGUGUUUCGGAAAAGAACCGAAAAACGUGCUCCAAUUACCUGGACAGAGGCCAUUGCAUUAAUUAAAACUGUACAUAGUUUGUAAGAGAAAUAUAAAUGAUAUAUCGUUAAAUGAAAGUAAAUUUAUUGAAACAUGGCCUGCAUCUUAUGAUGUACCUGGUAUAUAUUCAUUUACCAUCGCUAAAGGUUUGCAAAGACUGCGAAUUUCGUUCAUUUGUAAUGCCGAAUUUUGUAUCAGUAAUUGUGAUUAAAGUUAUAGUUA